AUUAUUUCUUUACAGAUUCCUGUAAAUGCACAGGUCGCGAGAUGCGUCAGCUGCAAACGUCAUCUACCAUCCUGUGCCUAAACAUACACUAUAGCUAAAAACAUACGUUCCCGUCCUGAUGACAAUUCUCGCGCCGUCCUCCCGUUCUUUUUCCCGGAGGUAUGACAACCUUGAUAUUUGGCGUCGGCGUGGGAUUAUUUUCCAUUCUUACUCUGUGGGUGCUGGUUGCGCUGAUAUUCCUGAUAUCGUUGCGCAUCGAGAAGAAGAUCGGCUGGGUCUGCGUAAUCGCGAUACUGCUCGUGAGCGCAUUUACGUAUAUCUUGCUCAAGGUGCCGCGCGCGUCAGAGAGGCCCGCUCCCACGGAUAACAAGGUGUACGACCGACUUUUCGUCUGGCGUAUAAUAAUUUUGAUUGUGUGUUUUAUCUCAUCCAUAAUUUCCAUUGUGGGAUAUAUCAAAUUCGGAUUGGUGGGAGGCGUUAGACCAGUUAGAAUAACCACCUGGGUUCUCUCUUUUGGGAAUAUCUUCAGUGUACUUUAAAUCAAUAAUGUACUCUUACUCGCCGAAAGCAUGAAGACGUUCAAUAUGUGCAAGACUUAAUUUAUAAAUGUAAAGUUUAUCUUCUCGCA